AUGGCGAAAGAUACAAAAAAUAUCGAAAGCGUCGACAGCGCGUAUUAUGAAGAUGAAUUGUUGAUGCUUGAAGCAAAACGCAACAUCUUCUUUGAACUCGUCCAGAGCAUUUACAAUAAGUCGCUAGUUAUUGAUACAGAUGUAGCGAGUCGCGAGAGUUUCCUCGACGCUGCUGAAAAUAUCGACGAACUUCGCUCGGAGUUCAAAGAGGUUGUUAAUGAGUAUAAUCGCACGUUGCUAAGGGCUAAGGAGGCUGCUGUACCUAAUUAUCAGCCGAUUAUAGCCUUCGAAGAUUUGUACUGCCGCAUCAGGAGAGCGGUUAAGCGGCUGCAACCAGCCGCACCGCCGACCUCUUCGCUGCCUUCUAUAGUGGAGAGAGCCAGACCUUCUUUGCCAACGAUGGAACUGAUAGCGUUCGAUGGAGACAUACGUAACUGGCCGCUGUUCUACGCUAGUUUUAAAUCUAGAGUGCACGACAAUCUGUCGCUUACCGACGAAGAGAAGCUUUUCUACCUUAUUGGGAAAUUGUCACCAAAAGCUCAAGCUGUCUUCGCGGAUCGCAUUACCGACGACUUGCCGUCAGUGCCCGUGGACAUGUCGACCCUCACGCAUGUUCAUGGACUUCCUCUGGCUGACGACACGUUGGAUACGCCCGUCGCAAUUGAUGUCCUGGACUCCAUGGACCACCUCCUCAAAAGGUUCUGGGAGCUUGAGGAAGUAUCCGCUCCGCCCGCUCAAAGUCAAGAUGACCUUGAAUGCGAAGAUUACUUUCGCGCUACCACCACGCGCAACGCUAGUGGCAGAUAUACUGUCGCAUUGCCUUUCCGAGAUGACGUGUUCAAGCUUGGAGAGUCGCAUUCUGCUGCUAAGAGGCGCUUUCUUUGCCUUGAAAGGAAGCUAGAAUUAUCGAGUAUGUUACGUGCCGCCUAUGACGAUAUCAUUCGGGAAUACGUCAGUAAGGGUUACAUAUCGGAGGUAACUAACUCCAUGAACGCCUCACCAGCUAUCGCGUACAUAAUUCCUCAUAUGGCUGUCGUGCGCGAGGACAAGGCAACGACCAAAGUGCGCAUGGUCCUGGACUCGAGUAGCAAGACAAGCACAGGCCUGUCGCUGAAUGAUGUAUUACACUCAGGGCCCAACCUUCAAGGGGAUUUGUUUUCAAUCCUUCUGAACUUUCGCUUAUUCAGAAUAGCGCUUUCGGCCGAUUGCCGUCAAAUGUUUUUGCAGAUUGGUGUUCGCGAAGCGGACCGCCAGUUUCAGCGAAUCUUGUAUAGAUUCCGCCCGGCAGAUCCCAUUACCACGUACGAAUUUCAUCGUGUGUGUUUUGGCAUGAAGUCGAGUCCCUAUCACGCGCUCCGCGUCGUCCGUCAGCUGAUUGCAGACGACGGACAUAAGUAUCCCAAGGCCGCAGCGAUUGCGUCCUCCUGUACUUACAUGGAUGACGUAUGUUUUAGCAUUAUGUCAGAUGACUCGCUACAGCAGGAUGAGUCUGUUGCUAUUAACGCGGCUAAGGAGCUGAUUGAUCUAUUCAAAUGCGGUCAAUUUGAUCUUGUGAAAUGGACCUGCAAUUCAGACGCCGUGCUACGCGAAAUACCCGCUUCGCACCGGGCUUCCGUAGACAUUGAAAUCGACCCAGGGAUCUCCCAAAAGGUUCUGGGCUUAUGUUGGAAUAAAUCUGGUGAUUAUUUCCAUUUCAAAGUGACAGAGCCAGACUCAACGUGCACUAAAAGGACGAUCUUGUCCGCAGUGGCACGUCUAUGGGAUAACGUGGGCUUAGUAGCUCCAGUUGUCUUAUAUGCAAAACUCCUCAUCCAGGAGCUUUGGUUGAUCAAAUGCGACUGGGAUGAGACUCCCCCGCCCCAUAUUGUGGAUUUAUGGGAACGAUUCUGUUCAGAGUUGCCAAAACUAAAUGAAAUCCACAUACCGCGCCAUCUUGGAGUAGUACAGGGUUGUAUUAUAAACCUUUUAGGCUUCGGUGAUGCAUCCGAGCGUGCAUAUGGAGGUGUAGUAUACCUUCAGGUUCUAAAGGGAGACGAAGUGACAACUCGGCUGGUGUGUUCCAAGUCGAAGGUCAGUCCCCUUAAAACAGUAUCCGUUGCGAGAUUGGAAUUGUGUGCUGCAGUCCUCCUGGCGAAGCUCAUGCGGAAGGUGCAAGAUAACUUCGAACCUCGUUAUAAGAUCAACGAGAUCUACGCGUUUACUGACUCGAAGGUUGCCCUCUGCUGGAUUCAGUCAUCACCACACCGCUGGCAAACGUUUGUUGCCAACCGGGUAGUUAAGAUUAUUGAAACUAUUACGGCCAACUGCUUCCAUCAUGUGGCGGGCUUGGAAAAUCCCGCGGAUUGCCUGUCCCGUGGACUGACGCCUGCAAAGCUAGUGGAUCAUCCUUUGUGGUUUACGGGACCAGCUUGGGCUAACAAGCAUCCAUCAGAGUGGCCUUUAAGGGAACUCGAUCGAGAGUCCAUCGGUGAAGUGCCGGAGCUUAAGCCUCUUGCACACGCUACAACUACGGAUGUGUCAGAGUCACCACUUUAUUCGCUCGCUCAGCGGAUAUCAUCAUGGUCACGAUUAUUGCGCAUCAUCGUAUACGUGUACCGCAUUCUAAAACCGAAACCGCGAUCCACGGCACUUACUCGGUCUGACCUAGAGUUCGCUGAAGGCAAAAUUCUUUCAUCGUUACAAAGUCAACACUUCAGUGACGAUAUUGAUAAAAUUAAAAGCAAGAAGUGUUGUUCGCCUGCCUUACAAAAGCUUAAACCGUUCAUGGAUAAAGACGGUCUGAUUCGUGUUGGAGGCCGACUGUCAAAUGCUGACUUGGAAUAUACACAGAAACACCCAAUUGUGCUUCCCCGACGUGAUCAUGUAGUUAAUCUGAUUGUUGAUUACUUCCACAGAAAGCAUUUGCAUGCCGGUCCUGAGGCAUUGAUGUCUAUACUUAGGCUUCAGUAUUGGAUACUGUCGGCUCGUCGUGUCAUUCGCGACCGCGUUGCCAAAUGCAAUACGUGUUUCCGAGCGAAUCCACAAUCGUCUUUCCCGCUCAUGGCAGACUUGCCGAGCUGUCGCGUGAAUCAGGUAGAUAAACCUUUUACGCAUACGGGGUGUGAUUAUGCAGGCCCCUUGCAGUACACACCUACUCGUGGCAGAGGAGUCAAGAGUCGCAAGGCUUGGUUAUGCAUUUUCACUUGCCUCACGACGCGCUGCCUUCAUAUCGAGAUAGCGACGGAAUUAAGUACUGCUAACUUCUUGGCCGCUUUAAAGCGCUUCUUGGCGCGGCGUGGCCCCGUCCAAUGCAUGUAUUCGGACAAUGGGACUUUAGGGCCCAAGAUUAAAACAUGCUAA